AGGGUUUCUCCUCAGUCGCCCAUUUAAGCUUUUGCGAGAGAUUGUUCUUGCGACAAAACCAGCUGCAGCAAAACAGCAACAAUGGUGGAGAAGGGUAGCAAAGCCAGGAAGGAGGAGGUCGUCACCAGGGAGUACACCAUCAAUCUCCACAAACGCCUUCACGGCUGCACCUUCAAGAAGAAGGCUCCAAAUGCGAUCAAGGAAAUCAGGAAAUUUGCCAAGAAGGCAAUGGGGACCACAGACGUCAGAGUUGACGUGAAGCUGAACAAGCACAUAUGGAGCCGUGGAAUCCGAAGUGUGCCGAGAAGGAUCCGCGUCCGAAUUGCGAGAAAGAGGAACGACGAUGAAGAUGCUAAGGAGGAGCUUUACUCUUUGGUGACCGUCGCAGAAACUCCCGACGGUGGUUUGAAGGGUUUGGGCACCCAAGUCAUUGACGAGGAAGAAUGAAUUUUUUUCGGUUUCCUAAAUUCAUUUUUGCUAUGCCUCAGGUUUUAUUAUUGUCUUUGGAGAUUUUGAAGGAUUGUUAUGUGACUGGAUGCAAUUUUUCUUUUUUGAGACAUAAAUCUUUUAUUAGUAUUUACAUUAUAUUACUUCUAGAAUGGUAUGUUUAAAUUGUUUGUUUUGAUAU